AUGCAGGCGGCAAAAGUGCCGCUGAGAAGCCGGUCUAAAAGAGGCUGUUGGACGUGUCGUAUCAGACACCGCAAAUGCGAUGAAGGCCACCCCUUCUGCAAGGAGUGCGACAACCGCAACAUCCACUGCCACGGCUACGGCCCUCGGCCUUCAUGGCUGGACAAUGAGGAGCAGGUCCGCGCCGAGCUCUCGCUGGUCAAGAGGGCUGUCAAGCAGAACGCCAGGCAGCUAAACAAGGGUGGCAACAGGACGGGCCCUCAACUGCGGACAAUCUCAUCUAAACCGCAGCAGGACGCGGUCGCUGUAGCUGGGCCCGAGCAGGCCCUGUGGGCCUCGUGCCCGAGUCAGGAAAUGCGGUACCGCGAAGCUGAACUCAUCAUGCUCUACCUGGACUACAUCUUCCCCAUCCAGUAUCCCUACUACACUGACAACCCCGAGCUGGGCGGCCGCGGCUGGCUCUUCUGGCUGCUGUUGAAUAACCGGCCGCUGAGGCAGGCCUCAAUGACGCUGGCCGCCCUGUACCAGCGGACCAAGUUUGCGCGAGGCACCGAGUAUAUGGAGGCCGAGCUGAUAGAAUAUCACACCACGGCGUUGAGUGCCAUGCGCCAUGCUCUUUCGGCCAACGAAGGUAACCUUGCAUUAGACGAAGGCGGACGGCUCAUUACGUUUAUUUCUAGUGGCUGUUGUCUCAUUAGUUUCGAGAUUUUACAAGGUGGCUCAUUGAGCUGGCAGACGCAUCUUGAUGCCCUUACAACAGUUGUAAGCAAGCUGGGGCCGUUGUUCAUCGGCCUGGACCCUGCUCCUCGAGAGCACAGCAGCUCUCCAACAGAUCAGACGCCGCCAAACGGCGCUGCCAUGUCGCCCAUCUGGCGCGGCAUGAUGUAUGCAAAGCGCUUCGAAUUCACAAAGCUCCUCUGGUUCGAGAUUCUCUCUACAGCAUCCACGGGAGUGCCGCCACGCUUGCCGUACCGACAGUGGCUAGACUCGGAAGAGAUUCUGAUGGCCGACUUUGUUGGCUGCGAGAAUUGGGUGAUGCGUGUCAUUGGAGAUUUAUCAAUGAUCCAGGUGGGAGGCGAGUGUAAUACUCUAGAAGAAAGACGCGAGUCGCUGCUCAGGCUUGAGAAGCCGCCUGUAUCGCACUACAUAUCGCGAGUAUUCGCCACUGGAGCCCUAGUUCUGCUCUAUGUUAUCCUAUCCAGCAUCCAUCCUUCUGAAGCUAACAUUUACGCUGCCGUUGCAUCUGUCAUAAGCGAGCUCCAACAGGCGCCCAGUGAUGUUUCGCUCCGUGGGGUUGUUUGGUCGAUCUGCAUAGCUGGGUCCAUGGCGCAGCCAGAUCAGCAGGCUUUUUUUGAGCACCUCAUGACGCGGAUCUUGAAUAAAACGACGAAUAAAACAACAAAGGACUUUGGAAACUGUGGGAGCGUGCAGCGGAUCUUGCGACAAUGCUGGACCAAGAGACAUGAGGAUCCAAGGUCUGAGUUCACGUGGCGAGAUGCGAUGGAGGACAUUGGAGACUUUCCGCUGCUGGUGUGA